AUGCAUGUAACACAAACUAUCGAUGAAAAGGCCACGGAGGCAUCAUAUUUAGUUAGCUAUCGCAUUGCACAAGCAGGUGAAGCGCACACUAUCGCUGAAAAUUUAAUAAAGCCAUGUGUGUUAGACAUAACAAAAUGUAUACUCGAUGAAAAAUCUGCAAAGCAUCUUUCGACUGUACCGCUAUCAAACAAUACUGUUUCACGGCGAAUCCAUGAUCUGGCAAGCUACGUCAAACAAGAACUAGUUGCACGUCUACAAAAAACACGAUUCGCCUUGCAAAUGGAUGAGUCAACUGAUGUCACUGGUCUGGCUAUCUUGCUGGAUAUCGUGAGAUAUCCAUAUGAACGUUAUUUUGAAGAAGACAUGCUUAUGUGUUCACCGCUGCCCACAAACACUACCGGGGAAGAAAUUUUUAAUAAAAUAAACAUAUUUUUUAAAGAAAAUAAUCUUAGUUGGAAUGAUUGUAUUGACAUUUGUACAGAUGGGGCCAAGGCGAUGACUGGUAAAACAGCAGGAGCAGUAUCACGAAUAAAAAGUAAAGCGCCUAAUUGUAGUUCCAGCCAUAGUAUUCUGCAUAAACAAGUACUUGCGAUGAAGCAAAUGCCGUCAAAUCUAAAAUUAGUUAUGGAUGAAGUGGUAAAAACAAUUAAUUUUAUCAAAUCACGACCACUACAAUCCCGAUUGUUCUCAUUAUUGUGUGAAGAUUAUGGCAGCAAACAUAAAACACUGCUGCUCCAUACAGAAGUGCGAUGGCUGUCUCGGGGUAAAACUUUAACAAGGCUAUUUGAACUUAGAGCCGAGUUACAAAUGUUUCUUUCAGCAGAUACAGUUUCUUUUAAUUUGAAAGACCGUUUGUAUGAUAAAACUUCGUUGUUCCGAUUGUCUUUUAUGGCGGAUAUCUUUCAAAAACUGAACGAAUUGAAUUUAUCAUUGCAAGGUAAACAGACAACAGUGUUCCAGGCCUAUAGCAAAAUAACUACCUUCAAAAGAAAAUUAGAUUUUUGGAUUAUUUGCGUUGGUAAGAGAGAAAUAGAAAGCUUUACGUCACUCAAUGAGUUUGUUAGCGAUAACGACUCAGAAAUGUUUCAAUAUGAUGUGUUUGAAUAA